UCGGACGACGCUGCUUGUUCCUUCAACCGAUUCCACGCGCUUGUAUACGUCCUCAUCUCGGUUUCCAUUCAUACUUAUUUUCUCUGUUUUCGCGAGUGCCGAUGAGUUUACGGGUGAUAUGAAAAAAACAAUAACCGAUCGCGCGUUUCCCCCCACCCCCCCAUUGAUCGGUAUGGGACUUUGUUUUCUUUUUUUGUAAAAUCGACAGCGCGUAAAAUCGGUACGCGUCUUUCGAUCGCUCUCUUUGUUUGCUGUGAUUUUUUUCUUUUUUCUUCCCCCCCCCCCCGUUCUCCCUUUUUACAGCAAAAUUCCUGUGCCAAUAAACCAGAGGACGAAGAGGGUUUUUUCCCGUGUUUAGCUUUUGAUUCCCGGACGACGUCGAUCUCGAGCGUAGACACCGGCGGCGAAUGCAUUUCCCGAGCCACCGGCCAUGGCAGCGACAAUUUCAAGGUUCGCCCGGAAGCUGAUGAAAAGGGCCGACGUGAGGCUGCGCAAUGAAAAAACGGCGCACUGCCUGUACUGCCAGUUGUACCAGUUGAGCGAGUUGUCGUCGACGCUGCCGGACGCCCGGGGCCCGCCGGUGAUCGGCACCGUGGCGUCAAUCGUCAAGUCCAAGGGGGGCGCCGAGCUGCACGAGUACGUGGACGCGCUGCACAAGAGGCACGGGUCGCUCUUCCGGGGCAGGAUAGGGCCCUUCGAGGCGGUGUUCGUCAGCGACCCCGACGCCAUACGCAAGCUGUACAGCCUCGAGGGCUUGGCGCCCCAGAGCGUCGUACCCGAGGCCUGGCUCUUGUACAACGAGAGACGCCAGAGGGCUCGGGGACUGCUCUUCAUGUGA